CUCUCGCUCUCCGCUCGCGCUUGGAAGUGGAUCGACCGAUCGAUGGAUCGGUGAAGGGAUCUGGAGCACGCAGGGUUGGCAUUGAGAAAUGCCAGGGAUGCCCCCAGGAAUGUACUGCCCGUCCGAAUUUUGGUCCAAAGAAAGCAACUACACCAUCCAUGUGGACUUCCUCCUACCCACCGGGAUUUACCUGCCCUUGCCCGUUUCCUGCCAUGCCAGCCUGGCUGCCAUCAAAAAGGUGGUCUGGCACCAGGCCCAAUAUGAGCCCUUCUUCCAGAUGCUCAGCGCCCCGGAUUCCUACGUCUUCACCUGCAUCAACCAAGCCGCAGAGUUGCAGGAACUGGAGGACGAGCAGAGACGCCUCUGUGAUGUCCAGCCUUUCCUCCCGGUCUUGCGGCUGGUGGCCCGCGAGGGGGACCGGGCGAAGAAACUGCUCAAUUCCCAGAUUAGCCUCCUGAUCGGCAAAGGUUUGCACGAGUUUGACUCCUUGGCCGAUCCUGAGGUGAACGACUUCCGGGUUCAAAUGCGGGAUUACUGCGAGCAGAGGGCGGCUCAGCGCCAGCAGCUCAGCUGGAAGGACUGGAUGGAGUACAGUUUCCCAGUUCAACUGGAGCCCGCCCUGAGUGGGCUCGGGAGGAGGCCAUCUUUGCCCAUGCCUGGAAAGACCAUUUUUGUCAACGUCAAAUUUCAAUCCGGAGGGGAGAGCUUCACUUUCCAGAUUUCCCUGAAGGAAUUCCCCAUCACUCUGAUGAGCUACGCCGUCAAGAAGCAAGCCACCAUUUUCCGCCACCAAAGAGUGAGCCCCGCGGACGAGUACACCUUGCAGGUGAACGGGAAGUACGAAUACAUCUACGGGGAGUAUCCCCUUUAUCAGUUCCAGUACAUCCGCGAAUGCCUCCACCGGCGUUUUGUCCCCCACCUCAUUAUGGUCCACAGAUCUUCUCUUCUGACUUUGCGGGAGGAACAGAGCAACGGGCUUGGGCACCCCCCCAAAACAGCCCUCAAAUUGUCUCCGGGCCCUAAGCAGAAGCUGACCUGUGUAUCUCUGUGGUCCCUGGAUCAGCCGUAUUGUAUUGAACUCCUGCAUUGCAGCAAGGUGAACGCCGACGAAGGAAUGAAACUGGUCGUGCAAGCCGGGCUCUACCACGGUCAUGAAAUGCUCUGCAAAAUGAUGACCAGCACCGAAGCCAAUGUUUGCUCCGAGCCCACGUGGGAUCAGACGUUAAAAUUUGACAUUCAUGUCUGCGACUUGCCCCGCAUGGCUCGGCUCUGCUUAGUCCUCUACUCGGUGGUGGAAAAAGCCAAAAAAGCCAGGUCCACCAAGAAGAAAUCCAAAAAAGCAGACUGCCCGCUCGCUUGGGUGAAUGUGAUGCUCUUCGACUACCAAGACCAGCUGAAAGCCGGAGAAUGCGUCUUACCCAUGUGGUCGGCCUUCCCAGAUGAGAAAGGAGAAUUGUUGAACCCGACGGGCACCAUCCAGACCAAUCCCAAUGCCGAGAGUGCCGCCACGCUUUUCAUCCGCUUCCCCGGCAUUUCGUUGUACCCGAUCUACUACCCUUCCAUGAGACAGAUCUUAGAAAAGGGGCAAAAUGGCCAUUGUGCCUGCGGUACGGGAGAGGAUCCAGAAGAGAAACAGCAGCUGAAGGAGAUCCUGGAACGGAGAUCCUGCAUCGAACUGUAUGAACACGAGAAAGAUUUGGUGUGGAAGAUGAGGUACCAGAUCCGGGAUCAAUAUCCGGGAGCAUUGGCUAAACUGCUUAUGGUAACCAAGUGGAAUAAACACGAGGAUGUUGCCCAGAUGAUAUUUUUGCUGCAAUCCUGGCCCGAGCUGCCUGUUCUCAACGCCUUGGAGCUUUUGGAUUUCAAUUUCCCUGACCCUCACGUGAGCCGCUUCACCGUCAACUCCCUGAAAAAGCUGACGGAUGCCGAAUUGUUCCAGUAUCUUUUACAGCUGGUUCAGGUUUUGAAAUACCAGUCCUACUUAGACUGUGAAUUAACCAAGUUCCUUUUGGGAAGGGCCUUAUCCAACCGGAAGGUCGGCCAUUUCCUCUUCUGGCAUCUCAGAUCGGAAAUGCACUUCCCUUCGCUUGCCUUAAGGUUUGGCCUGAUUCUCGAGGCCUACUGCCGGGGAAACGCUGACCAUAUCAAAGCUCUAAUGAAACAGAGCGAAGCCCUCAACAAGCUGAAGGCCCUCAAUGACCUCAUCAAAGUCAGCGCUCAAAAAAACACCAAACCUCAAACCAAGGAGUUCAUGCACACCUGUAUGCGCCAAGAGACCUACCUGGAGGCCCUCUCCCAUCUCCAGUCCCCUCUGGAUCCCCGAAUCUUCCUGGCAAGAGUCAGUGUAGAGCUUUGCACCGUCAUGGAUUCCAAGAUGAAACCGCUGUGGAUUAUGUUUAACAACGGCGAGGCGGGAGGACCCAGCACUGGCUUGAUAUUCAAAAACGGGGACGAUCUUCGCCAGGAUAUGUUGACGCUCCAAAUGAUCCAACUCAUGGAUAUCUUAUGGAAGCAAGAAGGUCUCGACUUGAGGAUGACCCCUUACGGCUGCCUUUCCACGGGAGACAAGAUGGGGCUGAUCGAAGUGGUGAUGAAUUCAGACACCAUCGCCAACAUUCAACUCAACAAGAGCAACAUGGCGGCCACUGCCGCUUUCAACAAGGAUGCCCUCCUGAAUUGGCUGAAAUCCAAAAAUCCCGGUGAUGCUCUGGAGCAAGCCAUUGAGGAAUUCACGCUCUCAUGUGCCGGAUAUUGUGUGGCGACGUAUGUUUUGGGGAUUGGGGACCGUCACAGCGACAACAUCAUGGUGCGAGAGAAUGGACAGUUGUUCCAUAUUGAUUUCGGCCACUUCCUGGGGAACUUCAAGACCAAAUUUGGGAUCAACCGCGAGAGGGUCCCUUUCAUUCUGACCUAUGACUUCGUCCACGUGAUCCAGCAGGGGAAAACCAGCAACAGCGAGAAGUUUGAAAGAUUCAGAGAUUACUGUGAAAGGGCUUACAUGAUCCUCCGAGGCCAUGGCCUUCUCUUCUUGCACCUUUUCUCCCUGAUGAAAGCUGCUGGCCUGCCAGAGUUGAGCUGCUCCAAAGACAUCCAGUAUCUCAAGGACUCCUUGGCCUUGGGGAAGACGGAUGAAGAGGCCCGGAAGCAAUUCCAUCUUAAGUUCAACGAGGCCCUUCGCGAGAGCUGGAAGACCAAAGUCAACUGGCUGGCCCAUAACGUCUCCAAGGAUAACCGCCAGUAGGGGAGAGACCCUCCCCUUCGAGUCUUCCUCCCUGGCUUUUAGGAUGGGGCAGGUGGGCCUUUCCACACCUGGCAUGAAACGAGGCUGGACUGCUUUUUAAGCGUCCCAGGUGUGAAUGGUGAGAGGAAGUCCUUAUUCCAGGAGGUCCUGCUUGGAAGUCCCCGGAGAGGAUUCCUUGGCCAACUGAUGAUGGCCACAGCAAAUGAGGAAUGAACAGUGGCACGAUUCUGGCAAUGGCGCAGUUCGAUGAUGAUGAUGAUGUGUGUGUGUGUGUGUGAGGUUUGUAUUUUAUACUGCUCAAAGGUACUUAGGACUCACUCACUGGUUGAGCUGAGGUGGUUGUAAGGUUUCAAGGCUUCGAAUGCCUCCGAAAGAGCUGGCCUCUUUAGGAAGAAAUGGACUCUCCAAAAACUUGGUUUUUGCACAAAAUGUUGACCCCACCCCCAAAAAAAAAAAAAUUAAAAAUGCCCGGUCUUGCAGGGCCAGGAACUGCCUUUUGAAAGAGGAGCCCUUGGUGAGAAGUUUUGGCAGGAGUUGGAUGGCUGAUGAGGUCACACGCCCUGGUUUGUCCGAUGCAAAAAUGUUCUUGCAAACUUUUCCAGUUACUUCUCUCUUCCAGAGCUAGAGAUUACAUUCUUUUUUUUUUU